AGCGGCCGGGAAGGCCCCCGCCAGCUGCGUCUCCCGCCCCCUCCGCCCAAGAGGGCUGGCUAAGUCCCUCCCGCUCCCGGCUCUCCGCCUCACUAGCAGCGGCUCUCGGUGCAGCGGGGACGGGGCGAAGCGGCCUGCGCCCACGAAGCGCACAACACAGCCCACAACGCACCGCUACCCUUGCCCCCUCAGCCGCCCACUAGGGAAACCCAGCGGCUUCUCGCGCACGAUGCCCUCGGCCACCAGCCACAGCGGAAGCGGCAGCAAGGCAUCCGGACCGCCACCCCCGUCGGGUCCCUCCGGGAGCGAGGCGGGGGCCGGGGCAGCGGCGCCGGCUUCUCAGCACCCCGCGACCGGCACCGGCGCCGUCCAGACCGAGGCCAUGAAGCAAAUCCUCGGGGUGAUCGACAAGAAACUUCGGAACCUGGAGAAGAAAAAGGGCAAACUUGAUGAUUACCAGGAACGAAUGAACAAAGGGGAAAGGCUCAAUCAAGAUCAACUGGAUGCAGUAUCUAAGUACCAGGAAGUCACAAAUAACUUGGAAUUUGCAAAAGAAUUACAGAGGAGUUUCAUGUCAUUAAGUCAGGAUAUCCAGAAAACAAUAAAGAAGACAGCCCGUCGGGAGCAGCUUAUGAGAGAAGAAGCAGAACAGAAACGCUUAAAAACUGUGCUUGAGCUGCAAUAUGUUUUGGACAAAUUGGGAGAUGAUGAAGUUCGAACUGACUUGAAACAAGGUUUGAAUGGAGUGCCGAUUCUGUCUGAAGAGGAGCUGUCAUUGUUGGAUGACUUCUACAAGUUAGUAGACCCUGAACGGGACAUGAGCUUGAGAUUGAAUGAGCAGUAUGAACAUGCCUCUGUUCACCUCUGGGACUUACUGGAAGGGAAGGAAAAAUCUGUUUGUGGAACAACCUAUAAAACUCUGAAGGAAAUUGUUGAGCGUGUUUUCCAGUCAAACUAUUUCGACAGUACCCACAACCAUCAAAAUGGGUUAUGUGAGGAAGAGGAAGCAGCCUCAGCACCUACAGUUGAAGACCAGGUAGCUGAAACUGAACCUGAACCAGCAGAAGAAUACACUGAACAAAGUGAAGUAGAAUCAACAGAGUAUGUGAAUAGGCAAUUUAUGGCAGAAGCACAGUUCAGCAGUGGUGAAAAAGAGCAGGUGGAUGAGUGGACAGUUGAAACAGUUGAGGUCGUAAAUUCACUCCAGCAGCAACCACAGGCUGCAUCUCCUUCAGUACCCGAACCCCAUUCUUUGACUCCAGUGGCUCAGGCAGAUCCCCUUGUGAGAAGACAGCGAGUACAAGACCUUAUGGCACAAAUGCAGGGGCCCUAUAAUUUCAUACAGGAUUCAAUGUUGGAUUUUGAAAAUCAGACCCUUGAUCCUGCCAUUGUAUCUGCACAACCCAUGAAUCCUACCCAAAACAUGGAUAUGCCUCAGCUGGUUUGUCCACCAGUUCAUUCUGAAUCUAGACUUGCUCAAUCUAAUCAAGUUCCUGUACAACCAGAAGCUACACAGGUUCCUUUGGUUUCAUCCACAAGUGAGGGGUAUACAUCAUCUCAACCCUUGUACCAGCCAUCUCAUGCUGCAGAGCAACGGCCACAAAAGGAAGCAAUUGACCAGAUUCAGGCAACAAUCUCUUUAAAUACAGACCAGACUACACCAACAUCAUCCCUUCCUGCUGCUUCUCAGCCUCAGGUAUUCCAGGCUGGCACAAGCAAACCUUUACACAGCAGCGGGAUCAAUGUAAAUGCAGCUCCAUUCCAAUCCAUGCAGACGGUGUUCAAUAUGAAUGCUCCAGUUCCUCCUGUUAAUGAACCAGAAACUUUAAAACAGCAAAAUCAGUACCAGGCCAGUUAUAACCAGAGCUUUUCCAAUCAGCCUCACCAAGUAGAACAAACAGAGCUUCAGCAAGAACAGCUUCAGACAGUGGUUGGCACUUACCAUGGUUCCCAGGACCAAACUCAUCAAGUGACUGGUAACCACCAGCAGCCACCCCAGCAGAACACUGGAUUUCCACGUAGCAGUCAGCCAUACUAUAAUAGUCGUGGAGUAUCUCGUGGAGGCUCCCGUGGUGCUAGAGGCUUGAUGAAUGGAUACCGAGGCCCUGCCAAUGGAUUCAGAGGAGGAUAUGAUGGUUACCGCCCUUCAUUCUCUAACACUCCAAACAGUGGCUAUACACAGUCUCAGUUCAGUGCUCCCCGGGACUACUCUGGCUAUCAACGAGAUGGAUAUCAGCAGAAUUUCAAGCGAGGCUCUGGGCAGAGUGGACCACGGGGAGCCCCUCGAGGUCGUGGAGGGCCCCCAAGACCCAACAGAGGGAUGCCGCAAAUGAACACUCAGCAAGUGAAUUAAUCUGAUUCACAGGAUUAUGUUUAAUCGCCAAAAACACACUGGCCAGUGUACCAUAAUGUUACCAGAAGAGUUAUUACCUAUUUGUUCACCCUUUCAGGAAACCUAAUGUAAAGGGACUGUUUUCAUCCCAUAAAGACAGGACUUCAAUUGUCAGCUUUAUAUUACCUGGAUAUGGAAGGAAAUAUUUUUACUCUGCAUGUUCUAUCCUAAGCGUCAUCUUGAGCCUUGCACAUGAUACUCAGAUUCCUCACCCUUGCUUAGGAGUAAAACAUAAACCGUACGGGGUGAUAUUAUCUCCAUAGUUUGAAGUGGCUUGGAAAACAGAGAUUGACUAUUUUGACAUUGGAUUAAUUCUGCAAAUCAGCCCUAGUGGUAAUUGAAAAACUAAAACAUUUCCCAUGAAAGAAGAUGGAAAGAACUUUUCCAGUUAAAUUGGAACUCUGGACAUUUAGAUGCAUACCAAAUUAUGCAUGGUCCCUUAAUCACAUUUAUAAGGCUUUGACACAGCACUGUUCAUCAUCUGGCCAAAUGACUGGUUAAAACACAAAAAUAUGUAAAUUGCUUUUUAAUAGCUAAUAUUGUAUAAGUCAAAGCCAAAAUACAAAAGUGCAAAAUGCACUUUUGGAAAAAUAAGCAACAAAUAUGGGAUAUAAUCUGGAUGACCGCUUCUGUAUUUAAUGUGAAAUACUUAGAUACCUUUGAACACUUAACAGUUUGACAAUGACUUUUGUAAGGAUUGGUACUUUAUAUCAUUCCUUAUGAUAUGCACAUUGUCUGUCACUAAUAACUUGGAUCUUACUGUAUUGUCACUUAAAUUGGUACCGGUACUGAUGAAAAGCUCUAAUGGAUAAUCAUAACACUUGGUCACAUGUCUUUCAUGCAGCGUGAAGGUUUUUAAAAGAAAAAGAUAUCAAAUGCCUGCUGCUACCACCCUUUUAAAUUGCUAUCUUUUGAAAAGCACCAGUAUGUGUUUUAGAUUGACUUCCCUGUUUUAGGGAAAUGACAAGUCAGUAGUUUCAGUUCUGAUGGUAUAAGCAAAAAAUAAAACAUGUUUAUAAAAGUU